AGAAAAAGGAAACUGCUGUCAGUUUUGGAGCCUCCUCCCUCUUGCAGAUGCACCUGGUGGAGAGGGGCGCAGCACCCCGGGCAGAGGCCCUGCAGGAGGGGCCUGGGGCUGGGCCGGUGUCAUCCUGUCCCUCACGCCUUCCCCAGGUGGCCGUGCACCUGUGCAGUCGCCAGUCAGGCCCCUGCAGCCCAGUCCUCGCUCACAGGCCCCCACGAUAGGCCACCACGCGCCCUUGUCCAGACAGGUCCGGGUCACGCAGGGGGUGCAGGGAGACGCCGCUGAUUCCAAGUCCAGUCGUGCCACCUCCUGAGCCUCGGUGGCCUAAGUGGAGAAGGAGGCCGUGUGGUCCCCACGUGGACGCUGCUGCGCAGGUGAAAAGUGAGCACCCUGAAGGCGUCGUGUGCAGGGAGCCACCAGCUCGUUACCCUGUUGCACAUGUGCUGGGGGCUCCGCCUGCUGGGUCCUGUGCACUGUUCACAUGAGAGUGACAAAACUGACAAACAGCCCAGUUACAUUACAACAAAGGGAGACAGAAAAUUCAAAACAAGUAAAACGCAGGCACGUUACGUAUGUGCUAUACUGAGGAGGAGGAAGAGGCAGGAAGCAAGGGGAGGGCCCGUGAGAAAGGUCAUGCAGGUAACCUGAUGAGUGUCCCAGGGAGAGGGAGCAACCAGUGCAAAGGCCCUGGGGUAGGACCAGGAUGAACUUGCUGCUCAUGUUUUACUCCACUGUAGUCUUUCCAGGCUCCUCUCCCUCUGUCUCCCUUCACACACACUCUCCAGCCAAAUAACCCACUUGAGCCUCAGAGGGUUUUAUAAGGAGGAAGCAGAUGUAGAAAUAGAUUCACAUUCCAGAAAGCUGCCACAGCAGCCUAGGAGUGAGCCUGGAGGCAGGGAGGUCAGUUAGGAGGCUAAUGCAAUAGUAGGGGUAGAAUACGAGAAUGAGAAUCUGGGAGUGGCCCCUUUUAACAGAGAGCAAUGUGCAGGGGACUUGGCUCUCCACUCUGACGGACAGAAUGAAUGGGGUGGGGCUCAGUCGGGGGGCCACAAAUUUCCCAGAGUGUGCCUGGCUUCUGUUUCCCAGUGGCUGGGGAACCCCAAGUAAGGUCUGGCAGAGUGCCUUGGGCUGGUCCUCUGGGGGGACGUGGGACUGAGAAGGGGCCAGGGAAUGGUUUGGAGGGGUCAGCGCUGUGCCUUGCAGAGGGGGUGGGCCUGAGGCUCCACCCUGCUUCUGCUCUUGGCCCCGGGUGCCCGGAUGAGAGGUGCCCUCCUGGUGGCUGCCCCUAAAGACAGUGUCAGCUCAGGGCUGCACGGCGGUCCCCAGAGACCCCCAGCCUUGCUUAAAGGUGACCUGGCCACACCUCCUCCCUCUCCACUGGCCUGAGAUCAAGGCCAGCCAUUCAACCUCCUUAGGCCUCAGUUUCCUCUUCUGUAAAUGGAGACAGUCUGUCCGUCCUGCCCACAGUCUGGGAAGGGUUUUAGGACCCCGUUUCAGACACUGCUGUCUCUGGGGUGUGAAAAGCCGGAAGGAGCAGGAAUCAGCCCCAGGUCCUUGACAACAGCCCCACAAAUCGCUUCUGCAUCAUUUUAGGGAAAAGGAAUCUCGGGCUCAGAGAGGUUAGGUGACCUUCAAGGUCCCACAGCCAUAUUCUAAUCUUUGUGGUCACGUUAAGAAAGCCACAUUUGUAAAGCAGCCCUGGGGGACACCUUCCUGUGUUCCAGAGUUCCCACCAGGUUUCUAGGUGUUUUGAAAAUGGCCUGUGAUUUAUUGGGUCUUAAUUUACACAGAGGAUUUCAAGGCCCUUUCCACACCGGAAGCUGGGAGGUCAAAACUUGGCGGCACGUUUGGACAGACCAGGAGCCUCCAGGGGAUGGUACCAGGGGAGGGGAGUGGCAGUGGGGGCGGAGGCUGCCGGCCACUUGUUGCCCAGCGCUGGCCUCUGAGCAGGGCUGGCUGCAGAGGCCUGGGGCACACCUGGGCCUCGAGACCUGCCGAGUCUCCUGAGGCCUCUCCUUCCUGCUUCUCCCUCCCGCCCCAGCUGACCCAUAAGGCACUUCAGGAGAGUCCUCCAGCUUCUGCCAGAACCCGCAUCCUGAGCCUGGAGUCCGGCAGGCAGCCCCUCCCAUGACCCCAUCGCACAGCUGAGGAAACUGAGGCUGGAGAGAGGGGACUUGCUGGGGGCCAUAUGUGCAGAGCGUGCACAAGCCAAAGUCCCGGCCCCGUGUCUAGCGUCCCUUCCUCUGCUCCCGAGUCCAGCUCCUCCUGCAAGCAGAGCCCCGUGGGGACCUGCAGGGCCUUUGGCUUUGUGUCUGUCCCGUCUCCAGACAGGUGUCUGGCUGGCGCUCAGCCUGCGGGGUGAUGGCAGCAGCCCCCGCCGUGGGGCUGGAAGGAGCUCAGGGAGGAGCUGGGGUGGCCACCAGGAGGCCGCGGUCCCACACUCAGGCGGUUGGAGGCCAGAGCGGCAGACUGCCUGGGUCAUCAAGCUGGGCUGCUGUGGACGUCACUGAGCAGUAAAUAUGGAGCCGCCCCCACAGUGCCAGCUCUCCCAGGGUGACUUCUCCACCAUCUCACUUUCCCCAAGGGAAGGAGUGAGAGCCUGGAGGAUCGGCCGCCUGCUGCCCAGGGAGGGAGCGGCCAGGACGGAGGGGCCAGGACGCAGGGGCGGAGGAGCAGCCCACCAGACCCCUGGCCCCGGCAGGGAGAGACCCUUUCAUGGGGCCAGGACCUGGGACCCCGCAGGCUGGACUCCGCAUUGUCACCACCCAAGGACAGAAUGACUGAGAACAUGAAGGAGUGCUUGGCCCAGACCAAGGCGGCUGUGGGGGACAUGGUGACAGUGGUGAAGACAGAGGUCUGCUCGCCCCUCCGCGACCAGGAGUAUGGCCAGCCCUGCUCUAGGAGACCCGAGCCUUCGGCCAUGGAAGUCGAGCCCAAGAAACUGAAGGGGAAGCGAGACCUCAUGGUGCCCAAGAGCUUCCAGCAAGUUGACUUCUGGUUCUGCGAGUCCUGCCAGGAGUACUUUGUGGACGAGUGCCCCAACCAUGGUCCCCCCGUAUUUGUGUCAGACACACCGGUGCCCGUGGGCAUCCCGGACCGGGCUGCCCUCACCAUCCCGCAGGGCAUGGAGGUGGUCAAGGAAGCCAGCGGACAGAGCGAUGUGCGGUGCAUAAGUGAGGUCAUACCCAAGGGCCACAUCUUUGGCCCCUAUGAGGGGCAGAUCUCCACUCAGGACAAAUCGGCGGGCUUCUUCUCAUGGCUGAUUGUGGACAAGAACAGCCGCUACAAGUCCAUAGAUGGGUCGGAUGAGACCAAGGCCAACUGGAUGAGGUACGUGGUCAUCUCCCGGGAGGAGACGGAGCGGAACCUGCUGGCCUUCCAGCACGGCGAGCGCAUCUACUUCCGCGCCUGCAGGGACAUCCGGCCCGGGGAGCGGCUGCGGGUCUGGUACAGCCAGGACUACAUGAGGCGCCUGCACAGCAUGUCCCAGGAGACCAUCCACCGCAACCUGGCCAGAGGAGAGAAGAGGUUGCAGAGGGAGAAGUGUGAGCAGGCUCUGGACACCCCAGAAGACCUGAGGGGUGCUAUUCAGCUCCCUGUGUUGAGACAGGGCAAAAGUCCCUACAAGCGUGGCUUGGAUGAGGGGGAUGUGCACCCCCAGGCCAAGAAGAAGAAGAUCGACCUCAUUUUUAAGGACGUGCUGGAGGCGUCUCUGGAAUCGGCCAAGGUGGAGGCCCACCAGCUGGCACUGAGCACCUCGCUGGUCAUCAGGAAAGUCCCCAAGUACCAGGACGAUGCCUAUGGCCGGUGCGCCACAGCCAUGACCCACAGCAUGCAGAGCGUCAGCCGGACCCAGGGGGACGGGGACUGGAAGACCCCCCCGGGGGUUGCCAAGGAGCCAGGCCCACUGGAGGAUGAGGAAGAGGAGCCUUCGUCGUUCAAGGCCGACAGCCCCGCUGAGGCCUCCCUGGCGUCCGAUGCCCACGAGCUGCCCACCACCUCCUUCUGCCCCAACUGUAUCCGCCUCAAGAAGAAGGUGCGGGAGCUUCAGGCCGAGCUGGACAUGCUGAAGUCUGGGAAGCUCCCAGAGCCCCCCGUGUUACCACCCCAGGUGCUGGAGCUCCCAGAGUUCUCUGACCCCACAGCCUCCGAGAGCAUGGUCUCUGGCCCCGCCAUCAUGGAGGACGAUGACCAGGAGGUCGACUCGGCCGAUGAAUCCGUCUCCAACGAUAUGAUGACCACGACCGACGAGCCGUCCAAGAUGUCCUCCGCCACCGGACGCCGGAUCCGGCGCUUCAAGCAGGAGUGGCUGAAGAAGUUCUGGUUCCUGCGGUACUCCCCGACCCUCAACGAGAUGUGGUGCCACGUGUGCCGCCAGUACACGGUGCAGUCCUCCCGCACCUCGGCCUUCAUCAUCGGCUCCAAGCAGUUCAAGAUCCACACCAUCAAGCUGCACAGUCAGAGCAACUUGCACAAGAAGUGCCUGCAGCUCUACAAGCUCCGCAUGCACCCCGAGAAGACGGAGGAGAUGUGCCGCAACAUGACCCUGCUCUUCAACACCGCCUACCACCUGGCCCUCGAGGGCAGGCCCUACCUGGACUUCCGGCCGCUGGCCGAGCUGCUGAGGAAGUGCGAGCUCAAGGUGGUGGACCAGUACAUGAACGAGGGCGACUGCCAGGUGCUGGUCCACCACAUCGCCCGGGCGCUGCGGGAGGACCUGGUGGAGCGCAUCCGCCAGUCCCCGUGCCUCAGCAUCAUCUUGGACGGGCAGAGCGAUGACCUGCUGGCCGACACGGUGGCCGUGUACGUCCAGUACACCAGCAGCGACGGGCCCCCGGCCACGGAGUUCCUGUCCCUGCAGGAGCUGGGCUUCUCCAGCACAGAGAGCUACCUCCAGGCGCUGGACCGGGCCUUCACCACCCUGGGCAUCCGGCUGCAGGACGAGAAGCCCACGGUCGGCUUGGGCGUGGACGGGGCCAACAUCACGGCCAGCCUGCGGGCCAGCAUGUUCAUGACCAUCCGCAAGACGCUGCCCUGGCUGCUGUGCCUGCCCUUCAUGGUGCACCGGCCCCACCUGGAGAUCCUGGACGCCAUCAGCGGGAAGGAGCUGCCCUGCCUGGAGGAGCUGGAGAACAACCUGAAGCAGCUGCUGAGCUUCUACCGCUACUCGCCCCGGCUCCUGUGCGAGCUGCGCUCCACGGCUGCCACCCUCUGCGAGGAGACCGAGUUCCUGGGGGACAUCCGGGCCGUGCGCUGGGUCAUCGGGGAGCAGAACGUCCUCAACGCCCUCAUCAAGGACUACCUGGAGGUGGUGGCCCACCUCAAGGACGUCAGCAGCCAGACGCAGCGGGCGGACGCCUCGGCCAUCGCCCUGGCCCUGCUGCAGUUCCUCAUGGACUAUCAGUCGGUCAAGCUCAUCUACUUCCUGCUGGACGUGAUCGCCGUCCUCUCGCGCCUGGCCUACGUCUUCCAGGGCGAGUACCUGCUGGUGUCCCAGGUGGACGACAAGAUCGAGGAGGCCAUCCAGGAGAUCAGCCGGCUGGCCGACUCCCCGGGGGAGUACCUCCAGGAGUUCGAGGAGAACUUCCGGGAGAGCUUCAACGGGAUCGCCGUGAAGAACCUCAGGGUGGCCGAGGCCAAGUUCCAGUCCAUCAGGGAGAAGAUCUGUCAGAAGACCCAGGUCAUCCUGGCCCAGAGGUUCGACUCCCGCAGCCGGAUCUUCGUGAAGGCCUGCCAGGUGUUCGACCUGGCCGCCUGGCCCAGGAGCAGCGAGGAGCUCGUGAGCUACGGCAAGGAGGACAUGGUGCAGAUAUUCGACCACCUGGAGGCCAUCCCCACCUUCUCCCGGGACCUCGGCAAGGAGGGGCUGGACCCGCGGGGCAGCCUGCUGAUGGAGUGGCGGGAGCUCAAGGCCGAUUACUACACCAAAAACGGCUUCAAAGACCUCAUCAGCCACGUCUGCAAGUACAAGCAGAGGUUCCCGCUCUUGAACAAGAUCAUCCAGGUCCUGAAGGUCCUCCCCACGUCCACCGCCUGCUGCGAGAAGGGCCGCAGCGCCCUUCAGAGGGUCCGCAAGAACCACCGCUCCCGCCUGACCCUGGAGCAGCUGAGCGACUUGCUGACCGUCGCGGUCAACGGACCGCCCAUCGCCAACUUCGAUGCCAAGCGAGCCCUGGACAGCUGGUUUGAGGAGAAGUCGGGCAACAGCUACGCGCUGUCGGCCGAGGUCCUCAGCAGGAUGUCGGCCCUGGAGCAGAAGCCGGCGCUGCAGGCCGUGGACCACGGGUCCGAGUUCUACCCAGACAUGUAGGAGCCCGGCUGCAGAGUCCACGAAGCUGUUGAAUAUUUUUUUAAUCUAUACUCAUAAGCUUUGAUAUAUUAUAUAAAUCUAUAUUAUAUUAUAUUAUAUUAUAUAUAUAUAAAACCCACACUGAAAAUUUUUAAAAAACCAAGGUGACACGUCCACCGGAAGCUACUAGGAGCUUUCAGAAAGGAAUGACGUCGGAAACCGACGCUUGUCUGCAACACUUGGCAGCUUGCACCUACGUGGCGACCCGUUUCCACUCACAGAAGCAUGUGCUGGGCCCCGCGUGUUCCCACCCGACAGUCACCGACAGCAUGAGCUAAAUGACGGGUCUCUGUCACGGCCUUUAGGUAGCUCGCUCUGUUCCUGUCUCCGCUGGGGGGUGGAGGGAGUUGGGUUGGGCUUGGGGUUUAUGUUCUCGCCAUUUUUUCUGUUGGGUUUAAUGGUGGGGUUUGGGGGCGUGGCUCUUGGCUUCUUCGUUGACAUUCUGGUCCCGCUGAACCGGGUCCCCGACUCCCACAUUGUGGGUUGAGGUGUCCUCCUCCCCCACCUAACUUCAGUGUGAUGGAUUUGAUUUACUCAUUUCCUUCGCUGUCCCACAAACACAGGUGUUGGUCGUACUGUGAACCCACCCCGCCCCCACCCGUCACCUCUCCUCCCUGGUUGUCCAUUCCCUCCUUCCAGGCCCCUGGAUUGAAAGACAGAACCCGUUCUAUGGAAGGCGGAAGGGCCUUACAGCCGAGCCUGCAAUCCAGGGGAAGGGCGAGGCGGGCUUUGGGCAUCCCUGUUAUCCAUGGUGGAGGAUAAAAUGGUAGAAUCCCACUCAGACCCAGGGCCGCUGGGAGACGAAAAGCCAACAAAUCCAGACCCCCAACGGGGCGGCGAUUUUUGGCUAAAAACAAGUAAAAUGAAAAGUAUAUAUUGGAUUGACAUGGAUUAUUUAUACUCUGUCUUUAUAAUCAUAUACUGUUGGGGGGGUAUUUUUGUUUUCCUUUAAUAAUCAAGCACCUGCAAGGUAGCUACGGAGCAGGAGCUGUCAAUGCAAGUUGUGCCCUGGGUUACGUGUCACUCCAAGAGCGUCCCCAGGGAGGGGGCCCCGGGCUGGCGCUGUGCUCCGCAGCCCAGCAGGAAGGUCCUGGGAGACUGGGCAGUGCUUCUAGGCCUGUGAGCUUCCUUUUUUUGAACAGGGUAGAGAUGUCCCAAAGAAAAGGAGCAAACAGGAAGAGGGACCAGAUUCUCAAGGCAUCAACUUGGACACACACACACACACACACACACACCACAACCACAAUAUAAGCUUUAGAAAUGGCCACUUGCCCACUCCCUGGGGCAAGCAGCGGUGUAAGUGAGGAGUCUGAUCCGCGCUCCUUCAGUCAUUUAACUACAGUAUACCUCGCAGGGGAGUCUUCAGAUAUGUGCUGAGCUGUUAAAGUCUCUCUUCAUGUCUCCACACCUGAUUUGUGCGUAUUUUAUAUGCAGAGAUCCUAAGGUGGACGCAGGUCGUAUUGGGGGAGGGACGAGGAUCUGGACCCCGCGUCCCCGCUCCGCUGUCCCUCCCCAUUAGUGGAGGGUGUUGAGAUCGGGCCACAGGCAAGGCCCCCCAAGCCCUGGGCCUUCGUGGCUCAGACACUCUGCGACUGUGGUGGCUCCCUUAUUCUUGGUUUAUCUUGUGUCUGCGGCCUGGUGCCACCGUGAGAACCAUAGUGGAAAGGUCAUCAACACUGAACGUCACCACCCCUUCCUGGCCCCGCCGGUCCUUCCCCUCACAGAUCCUUCCUCUCACCCCCAUGGUCUUGGUGCUAAGAUAACUUUAGAAUCAUUGCUGCUAGUCGAUAGCUUUUCAUUAUAAAUAUAUAUAUAUUAUAUUAUAUUAUAUUAUAUAUUAUUUUUGAAAUGUUUUUGUUUGUUUUCAAUGGUGAUGUAGCAUGUUAAAACAAAACAAAACAGAAAACAAAACUGGGUUCCUCCAACUGUCCCACUGCCGGGCCUCAUAUGCUGCCUUCUUCAACAAUCAAUGCACCCUGCCUGGUGACCUUCACCCUGCCCCCCCAGCCGCACACCUCCACCCUCUUCUGAGCAAGGGGAGAGCAGGAAAGGCCCCAAACCCCUCUCAGAUGCUUGAAAUUCCCUGGUUCCACUCGCCUGCCCCCAAUCUCCCUUCACAGCUCCUCCCAUCUGGGCCUAACUGGGGUCACCAUCAAGGUCAAGUGGGAUUCUGUUGCAAAGCACAAGGUCCCUUGUUCCCCAGCUCCUGCUCGGGGACUUCCUGUCUCCUCUUGCACACAGACUACUGUCUGGGGAGCGCCACUGAACAUUGCAGAGACCAGGGCUGGUUGGCAAGGCGGCCUCAGGUGCCGGGCAGAAACAGUGGGUGGGCUCCUUUCCUCUGCCAACAGUUGCCUUACCCCUCAUUCCCUUGACCCACUGCACGGGGACCCUCUGCCAGGAGGGUCAGACCACUCCUGAGCACCGAGUCAGGGCUGUGACUGUUCCCCCAAGGGCCCAUAGCCAGAAUGAGCUCAAGUCUUCAGCUGGGGGAAGGAUCCCUCAAGCCCAUGUCAGUGCCUACCCUGAGUGACCUGGCUCAGGGCUUGGAAGAACUCACUGCCACUAGCAGGACCUGGCAGUAGGAGGUCACACCCUUGCAAUGGCUUGAGGCUCUGAGCAGCUGAACCCGUAGGUGGCGGUCAGUCUGUCAGGGGCCUCUCAAACUCAGGUGCUCACAGCUUCCACCAACCCAGCUAGGCCCCGGGCUGUGGCGGACUCUCUGUAGGCCACCGCGCCUUGGGACGGGGGUAACCAGGGAACAACAUGGGACAUGCCACUGCAGUUCACACGAGGUCUUUUCUCUGCCCAGGUGCUCCCUGGGAGGCUCAGGGCUUCCGUCCCGUGAACCCUGUUUGGGAUGAUACUUGGUUCUGUCCUAGGCUUGUCCCACUCCUCCCCUCCGGAGAUGGGCUCCGGGUGAGGGGGCACUCAAGGUCUGACCCAGGGAACCACAUGCUUUACUAGCCCAAUACCUUGAACAGGUAUAAAAACUGUGGACAGGUGGCCCGCCUCCCAGGCGUGGUCACUGCAGAUGAGACAGAGCCCUUGAACUCAGCCCUGGCUUAGGAGGGACCUCCAUAGACUGAGAAGGGAGUAUGUGUCUAGAGCUGAGACUUAUCCUCACUAGGUGGCUGGUUGGAGGUUUUCUUUGGCUCAUGAAGUGGGUGGGCAGUGAGGUCAUGACUGAGGCCCAGGUUGGUGACCAGUUGUGCCAGGUAGUUGCGCUGCACAGCCUGGGGCCACAGGCCCUCAUGAUUAAAACAAUCUGCUUUUCCUUAGAGACACCCAAUGCCAUCUAAUGUCUGUGAAAGGGGAGCCCCUCACCCCCGUCUGCAGAUCCCACCUGGUCAGACACCCCUGGCGGUUCUGCCUGCCUGUUGGAACAGGGAGGCCACCGGAAACAGCAGUCUUUUUUCUUUUUUAAUGACUGCCUGUGACAUCUUGUGAUGCUGGGCACAUCCUUAUUUCUCCAGCCUCCCUGGGAAUGAGAACAGGACCAAGCUCCGGAACCCCGAAUGGCCAAGUUCAGGGCUGGGUCCUUGAGUCUGUGGUCGGUGGGCCCCGGGGGUCUCUGCCCUCUGCCCCGCUCCUUGUUUCUGAGUCCAGUUGUCUGCUGAGGCCCCUCCUCUUGCCUUGCUUGGGUGAGCCCUUUCAUUUGGAGAAAGGACUUUGUAAUUCCAUUUAUUUGGCGGUGACAUCAAGAAACACGUAGUGGGCGGGGGUGGGGGCGUGUGGAAGGCUGAACCUGUCGUGGAGAGACAGAAAUGAACACAGAUUUGCCCCGCCUGGCCUUGGGCUGGCACCUGUGGGGCUCCAGAGGCAGCCCAGUGGGUCUCUUCUGGAGACCCCCACCCUCUUGCGCUUCCCUCCUCCUGCUCUGGGCACGGGAACUCUGUAUCUAGAGCUGCUUUUGGCUUGGGGUCUCAUGGGUUCAUUUCCAAGUGGCCUGUGCUUCUUGGCCCAUGCAUCCCACUUUGGCAGAAGGCUCUACCACACUGGCACUCAGGCACACCCUCGGGUGCCUUCAGGAGGCACGUCUGGCCAAAGCAGGCAGGCGGGCCUCUGGAGGCAAGAAUGGAGGCUGCCUGGGGCAGUUGAGUCCAGACCCCCUACUGGGUUCCAGACGGUUUGUCAAGAGAUGUGGGAAGCCCUUUUCUGCUUGGAGGGAGGUCCUUCUCUUUCCCUCUGUUGGUCAGGGCGCCUCAGUUGAGUGGUUGGAGCUAUGGUUUUAAGGAGCCUUUGAGGUCGUCUUUGCAUGUUAGCCAGAAAAAGUGCCCUUUGGGGAGAAAAAUGGUACGGCCCUCCUCUUCCAGCUGACACUCCUCCAUCCAUCCACUAGGUGGUAUCGCCCUGGAAUACCUAUGCAAUCCAGUCCCCUCGGGAGGCCUGCGUGGAAGCGGGGGUGUGCGUGUACAAUACUGACAACCUGUACAUUGUAUAUAUGGACAUAUACGAGGUCUCCACCCAGAGAAGAUUAAAUCACGUCUAUAUAUCUAUAAAUAUAUCCUAUAUAUUUAUACAUUUCUAUGUUUUAAAUAGAUAUAAAAAUAGAGUCUAUGGAGCUGGAAGAGCAGCGGGAAGCCUGUCGCUGUGUUGUGCCAAGGGAGGGGCAGGUCCUUGGAGGAGGGUGGCCGGUAAGCUCAUUGGGCAAUUUGCUGGCCGUGGGGCCUCCGACCCCGAGUGUGGGAGAGGAGGGUAGCUGGGUCCCGGCCUUCUCGGUGCACUUUCUCUCCUUUUCUACAGGCUUGGUCUGAGGUUGGAAGGAGACACCCCCCGAGCUCCAGCUGAAGUGCCCCUACCAACCCCCACCCCAAGCCUAUGCCUGGCAUAGGGUGUGGUCGCUGACCCUGUUGGAGGGACCACUGCCCAAACUUCCCCUACCCUCCCUCAAGGGGAACGGGCAACGUGUGUGGCAAUAGGACAGGUGCCCAGGGAUGGAGAUAGCCCCUCCCCUUAGCCGCCACCGCUGCCCCCUAGAGGCCACGCCUCUGAAGAACAGCCGUGUGCCGGGGUGUGCCUCCUGCGCUGCGCUGGCGUCUGCCAGGAACCUGGAGGUGAAGUGGGCGGCGCGAGCGUCUCCACGCAGCGCCACCCUCUACCCAGGGGCUUUUUGGCCAGAGCAGGGGGCAUCUGCUAACAGGGAACGGCGCGAGAGACACAUCCACCCACUCAUAAAUGCAAUGGCAACUCGAGUUCAGAAGCAGGGCUUUGGCCCGCCCCCUCUGCGGCGCAGCUGCCGGCUGUACUCAGGACAAGGCUGUUCCCCUCCUCCUGCACGGGGUGCGACCUCCCCCGCCCGUGGUGACAGGUUUCCUUCACAUACACUGUUCUGAUUCUGUGACUCAAGGCAGAGGCUGAGUGGGGACCCCAGCCCAUGCACUUUCUUUGGGCAGGGUGCCGCUCUCAGCCGGUCCCCAGCGCCCAUCGUGAGCUGGUGGGCAUCUGGGAGCCAGAAGGGCCCUGGUGCGCCUGGCAGCCGACGGAGGGCUGGGCAGCCCCGACAGGAGUCAGGACUCCUUUGCUUCCAGUUUCUCUCCCCUCGAGGUAGAGAGUCUGGGGACCGUUGGGGACCCAGGGCAGCUACCUGCUGCUCACCAGACCUGCCUCUGCCUUUCAGCUCCACGAAGGCACUUCCUUCCUGCCCACACCUCCCGCCCACUCCCUCACCAUCCUACCAGCAUACCUCAGUCUCCACCAGGCCCCUGGACCACAGUCAGGGACCGGGUCUGUUCUGCCAGUGCCCCCUCCCUGAGCCACACUUGCUGCCAACUGGGUCUCAGAACACUCCAGUGCCUGGCCUCAGAGAGUCCAGGCCUGGCCCAAGCCGUCCUCCCUCUCCAGGGGGUCGCCCAGGGCCAGGGGAUGGGCAUCCCCAGUAGCAAUCCCACAAUGCACUGUACCUCAGAGAGAGAGAGCGCCCCGGGGCAUCCAGGGGACCAGCCUCUGCACAGAGGAGGACAGCCGGUUACAACACUGGUGACAAGGAGACCCGGGCCAGGCUGCCCUCGGGCGCUCCUCGGUCUUCACUUUGUUUCUCGGGAAGAACCAGCAGUCUGAUUCCGUCUUUUUCAGCCCCGUCUCUCUCCCUCUCUCCACCCCACGCUGCUGACGGAUUUCAUUUCAAUCACAAAGGAAAAGUAAAGUGGGGGUGGGGGGGCCCUAGGAGUCUCUUAUCACAUACAUAUUAAUAUGUUAAUACUUUCUUUCUUAAAAAAAAAAAAAAAAAACCUCUCGAUGUUAUUAUUUUGCAGACUACGCUUUAUAGUACCUGUGUGCCGGGACCUAGAACACUGGAUACGAAUAGAGCUAUGUUGGUUUAUCAUACUAUGUGCGCAGAAACGUCCCUUUUGUCAUAUUAUCCUUGUAUGUAAGAUGAUUGUUAAUAAAAGCAUUUAAAUUUA